CCGGGCAUAAACAAAGACAAUCUGUGGAGGAAACGCAGUUAAGCAUGUCGCGCGGCUAAUCCUAAUCAAUUUCCAAGAUAAUGCUGCUCAAGAUACGCCACGCCCUACUGGAGGUCACCAGUCCGCCGGCCACGAAGCAGUCUGCCAUCAUAAUCAACAACGAGGUGAUCAUCAGCUCGGGAAGCAUUCUGCAGCCGCACUUGGUUUUGGACGGAGACAAAGGCGCGGAGAACAAAGGAAUCCUCGACAGACUGCAGCGGGGUCAGCUGCUGAAUGUCCAGGACGAUGAGGAGAAGGAGGAGGGUGGUGGUCAGCGGAUCAGGUCGCUCAACUUCCUGGUCACCUUUGAUCCACAGCAGCGCAGGCCAAAGCAGAAUGCUGCCUCGGGUUCCAGGCAAUCCCACAUCCUCUCCCGGUUCACAGCUCAUCCACUGUACGUCUUCUGUGCCGCCGAGGUGUCCCGCAACCUGCACCACAUCCUGCUCACCGCAGACUCCGGCGAAGAGGCCCAGGUGCUCCGCUCCAGCUUCGUGGUACUCGGGAUGCGAAAGCCCGACAAGGAGGAAUCCUUCAAGCGGUUUCUAGCCCACAUUGGCAACUACCUGCGACACCUGCAGCCCAUGCAAACGCUGGACGAUGUGCUGGUCAUGUGCUCUCCCUUUGGACUGGAGAACUUUUACAAGACGAUCAGCAUUGGCAAGGUUUCCAAUGUGAUGGGACGCAGUGGCUGUCUGUUCGCCAUCUCCAAUGCCUUGCCCUUGGGAUGUGAAGGUUCCGCCGUGUUCAACAACAAGCUACGCCUCAUCGGCAUUGUGAUAUGCACUUCAUUCCAGCGGCAGCAGGAGAACGUCAACCUCACGCUGGCCGCCAACUUUGGAUACCUGCUGCGCAACUUCAUGGAGCAGCUGGGCAUGUCCACCUCCACAUUCCAGCCGACUCGGGAGCCCUCGAACUUUGCCUGGGAGCGCACAAUUGUGGUUAUUGAGUCGGCGGGCCAACAAGGCACCGGCACUUUUAUACGAGUCCACAACAAGCACUUUAUCCUCACAUGUGCGCAUGUGGUGGGGCAGAGCAACGAGACGGUUAAUUGCCGUUCAGCCGAUAGAGAGUUUCGCUCCGAGGUGAUUUGGAGCAAUCCGGACAGCGAUCGACCCUUCGACCUGGCGCUGCUCACAGCUCCGCAGGAUGUGCCGGAGCGCUGCUGCGUGCGACUGGCCAGGACGCCCGCCACUGUGGGCCAAAUGGUGUACAAUGCGGGGUUCCCUUACUAUGUGAACUUUAGCUUCAAGCACGACUUCAAUCCGUCGAUUUUCCAAGGUCGGAUCAUAAAGUGCGACACCGGGGCCAUCAUGUCCGAUGGCAGUGUGCAGGCCGGCCAAAGUGGAGGCCCCAUGUUUGAUCAGAACGGCUGCAUCCUGGGCGUGUGUGUGUCCAACAUCAAGUUGGACGACAUUGUCUACCCGAAUAUCAACACAGCCAUUCCCAUUUGUGAUAUCCGCAACACGUUGCAGCAGUUUGCACGCACAAACGAUGUUAAUGUGCUGAGCAACCUGGUGGCCAAUUCCGAUGUGCAUCGCGUCUGGUCUCUGGAAAUGCCGCCCAUUCGAAGCAAACUCUGAGUCGCACAUCGUUUCAUUGCUAACGUAACUGUAAUUAGUGUUUUUUCUGUGUUUUUUAUAAUGUGCAAUUAGCCGGUUGGCCAAUCUUUAGGCUUAAACAAUACAAUGUAGACUACAAAAAUAUAAUAAUGGUUAGUAAUUGUGG